UUGAGAUCCAGGCAGCUCCCCCACCAGUUGGACAAACUUAUUCUGGUUGCAGAUCCUAAUGUUGCUUUUGCUGAUCUUCGUGACUAUCACUAACUUGCCUCCUAUCCAGAUUAUCCCCUCCACUUUUUGAAAGAUGCUCUGUGCCUUUCUUGCAGGGUCCAACGUUGCUGCUGGUGUGCUGGUUACCCUUGUGAUCUUGCUUGGUGCUGGAGCUGCAGUGUGGUAUUACCGUCAGAAAAAGGGGGAAGGAGAAUCCAAGGCUGAAGAGGAUGGCGGCACAGAAAGUUCAAAGAGCUCAGAGAGUUCACAGGACUCAGAGUGGUCAGAAGACACAGACACCCCAAGUACUCCAGCAGGGAAGACUCCAAACCCCACGAAGACUGACAUCCUAUAUGAAAAUAUUCCAAAUAUUCCCCCAUAUGAAAAUAUUCCAAACCCAUCAUAUACUUGGAGCCAACCAUCAAGCCAGGACCCACCACCUAUUCCAAGCCCACCACAUAUCUGGAGCCCACCAAGUUAGAACUCAGCCUUGUGGUUAGAGCUCAAGGCUCCCAGAGCAGAACGAUGCAGGAAAUUAAACUAUUUACUAAAAAUAAUUUUUGUCAGUGACAUCCAUUCUUCUUAGGGCAUCAAGCGAUGGCUCUGUCCUCUGAAGGACAUAUAUUUGUGCCACGACAG